AGGCAGGGGGGAAACCUCUUGCGGCGCUUUAACACUCUUUGGCCACAGAUGGAAUAACUGUCAGUGCACCGAGCGGAGCGUCACCAAAAAACAUGGACACGUGAACAGAAGCGAUCUUAAAAUGCAGCUCAGCGAGGACUUCUGUAGUAUAGCGGAUUGUCUGAUUCACAAUACGUGUCAGAUCUUAAACGUUAACAUUUGACGUGUGAUCAAGGAACCGAGAAGCAGUGACUUUUCUCGAGUGUUUUAAUCUCCAAGGCUGUCGGCGGAGUGUUGUCUGCUCUGCACUGUCCACCCGACUGAACUAGUCCAGACAUGACCAACAUAAAUCUUGUUUUCUGGGACCAGUUGCAGGCUGGCAGCUCCGAUGUGGACUGGUGUGAAGGCAAUUACCUAAUUUACCCCAGCAUCGCUGAAUUUUACAACACGAUCAGCAACAUUUUGUUUUUUGUUUUGCCGCCCAUAUUAAUGUGCUUGUUCCACCAAUAUGCAACACAUUUCAACAGUGGGAUUUACCUCAUAUGGAUUCUACUGGUUGUGGUUGGUAUUGGAUCAACUUAUUUUCAUGCCACCCUUAGCUUCCUUGGCCAGAUGUUGGAUGAGUUGGCCAUCUUAUGGGUGCUCAUGUGUGCUAUUGCCAUGUGGUUUCCCAAGAGAUACCUACCCAGGAUGUUCAGGAGGAGUCGGUCGAGGUUCAAAGUGGUCAUCGGCAUCUUGUCAGGGAUCACCACCGGGCUGGCCUUUGUUAAGCCUAUUGUCAACUCACUGUCGCUCAUGACCCUGGGCAUCCCCUGCACAGUGCUGCUCAUUACUGAGCUUAAAAGGUGUGAAAACCCACGUGUGUUCAAGCUGGGCCUAAUCUCAGGGAUCUGGUGGGCGCUGGCUCUGCUUUGCUGGAUCAGUGACAGGAUAUUCUGUGAAAUGUGGUCAUCUGUCAACUUUCCCUGCCGACACUGUGCUUGGCACAUUCUAAUUUGUCUGGCAUCCUACUUGGGUUGUGUUUGCUUUGCCUACUUUGACGUUGCAACCGAAGCCCCUGAGCGAGGACCGGUCAUCAUGUUCUGGCCCAGUGAGAAAUGGGCCUUCAUCGGUGUCCCCUAUGUCUCCUUGCUCUGUGUUCACAAGAAGUCUACUAUCAAGGUGACUUAAAGUGCCCCGAGCCUGCUGCUACACAUCUCAACAGGAUAUAUUCGGAGAACACAACAAGAAGAUACACCACCACAGCUGUGAGUCGGGCUGCAUCCUCUUGUGACUGGAUGAUGUGGGCAAUGCCAACUUUGGUCAACUGUGUGGGCUUAUCUUUUCCUUUUUCCUGCCCUGCUGUGAUCUCCGUUACACUGCAGUGUUUAUGCAGCUCAGUCAAAGAACGAGAAAUGUCACAGAGCUGCUCCGACAUGACACAGGGUGACUCUUCAAAUAAUACAGAGCUAAAGCCAAGUGCAGUGUUCCACAUCCAUUCUGAAGCUUUGCCUGAGAGAUCAUGUAAACGCUCUAAGACUGAAUGUAUUAACAUUAUGCAUUUCAGUGUUCUUUAAAGAGAAGACUUUAUACAUUUUAUAAUAACUCAGAAAACCUCAUUACAGAGCAAAUGAUAGGUGCCGUCUAGCCAUUAUAAAAACCAUGUUUAGAAAAAAUAAAUUGCUGGAUUCAUUAA